AUGAUUAUUAUUAUUAUAUUUCUUGCUACUGAUAAUGGUAAAGAUCUCAAUAUAAACUAUUUAACUGCUAUUUAUGACCGUAUACGUACAGAUGAACUUUGUCCUGAUGCUGAUCAUCUAACAGAAGUAGCAAAGUUUGAACAAGCAUUGAUUGGUAAACAGUCAAUAUUAACUACACCACAUCGCCGACUUGAUUGUUACUUUUCUCUUCUGUUUUGUGCAAAUGAACAUGAUCGAAAAACAUUUUGUGAAAAUUUAAAAGAAUCCAUAUUUGAAAUAGAUGAGUUUGAACGUUUACGUAUACAAUCUGAACUUGAUAAAUUGCCAAGCGCAUCAGAUUCACGUGUUGAUAGAACCAAUCAUAAUGGAAUUGUUUCAUCAUUAAUUGAUUAUCCUGCAAAUAAGCGCAUAGCAGAAUGGUAUCACCAAUGA